AUGAACGUUGAGAAAAGUUGGAACAUUUACAAUACUGCGGCGAGUGAAGUUGAUGAUGAAAUUGAAUGUAUUGAUAUCAAUAAAAAUCUUGAAAACCAAGCCAAAGUGUCAGAUGAGGUCAGUAAGAAUACAAACUAUCAAGGUGACGGAAGUGGGAAGAAAUCGAAGAAGCGAGUUCUUACGAAGAACGAACUGAGAAGGUCAGAAGAUAUUGAAGUUUCUGUAGAAUAUGUUGCUUUCACUCUUGUUUCUGUGGUUGCUAAAUAUAGCUUCGGGCUACUUGCUAAUGCAGAAUAUCUUUGUCAUUUUGUCGGUAAGCAUGAGGUUUUGUCAAAUUAUUAUGAACAUUUGCCGUGUGAUAAAAAUCCUUGCAAAGCAACCGAAUUACAUCUCAGGCAAGAAUGUCAAAAAAAAGACGAAGCUAUUGCAGAAUUGAUGAGUAAUUUCAUGAGAAUACAUGAAUUCGCCCUGGAAUUGAGUCAGUAUAUCAAAAUAAAUUGUUCUGGAACGGAGAUUUACCACAGAGUAGUGGAUUGGGAAAAAAAAUCAACGAUGUAUUUGGAAAUUGCAGCAAAACUUCAAAAUCUUACAAUCACACCUGAAAACCAGAAUUCUAAUCUCCGUGAGACUCAUGAAAAGAGCCCAAUUCAAAUAAUUUCGCAAUCAUCAAUUGGGCCACGUGACUAUUAUGCACUGAAAUUACUUGCUUAUCUUUCAGAUUCGCGUCCAUUAGACGAAUUCAUCGCAAAUAUGAAUCCUAAAUGUCGAAAAAGCAUCAUGGACGUUGCUACGCAGACUACUGAAUCACGGGGCCUUUCUGCGGCAAAUGUAUCAAAUUUAAAAAGAAAAUUAUCUAUGCCAACUAAUGUAAAUCAUGCAAAAUGCCAUAAUGAAAAGAAUGAUGUGAUUACUCUUAGUGACGAUGAAGAAUGUAGUAAUGCAUCAAAGCAGGUUCUUCCUAUCAAAAUUCCAUUUUUCAAUCGGCACCCUAGUACUUUUCGAAUGCAUCAUCCGUCACUAGCUCCUUUGAUCAAUUCUUCAUAUGGAAUUCCAAAAUUGCAACUAAUUUGGGUUAAUUCAAGCAAAGAUUCGUUGAUUUAUAAACGUAUUUUCGUCGAUGUGCUUUAUGAUGCCUUUAAUCCUUCUCAGGUGCAGUCAGUCAGAAAUGCAACAUUACAUCAUUUCGUAAUGCUUGCAAAUAACUUUUGUUAUUGCAAUAUGUAUCACAUCCUUUAUUAUGUUCGGUCACUGGCAGAAUCACAUAGAUAUUCUUGGGUUGCGGCAUGUUCAAGUCAGUGUGAAAAAAAGGGCAGAAGUCGUUUGAUGUUUCAUUUCGAUGAAAAACAAGUGCUACAAGGCGAAAUGGUUUAUUUAAUAGGAUAUCUGGAAACUUCGGAUGGCAAAUGUGGCUUUUAUUCUGAUAUAUGCAUUAUAAAUUUCCCUUCUAAAUAG